CUAGAACGCUGCCCUAUUCUAUAUCUCCCUUCUCUCUAGAUUCUUCGCCUGAACUCGCGAUGUCGACGGUGCCUUCAACAUCCGCAUCUGCUUCGUCAUCUUCUUCGCAGUACACGUACUUCAAUGGCUCAUACUUCCCGACGCCGUUUCACCUCCAACAACAGCCGUCGCAAUCAUACAUCGGCGCUGCCCCUCCGCCGAGUCAGCUCCCUGCUCCUCCCGUUGUUCCUACUGUAUAUCCACCCCCGCCCCCUCUACCUGGCGUGUAUUCGUUGCCCCAGUUCCAACAAGCGCAACAGCUGUUUCAAAGGGAUGCCCAAACAAUCACACCAGAAGCACUCGAAAAUGUGAAAGCUGCACUUGCAAGCAGUGAUAUUGAGCACAAAGUGGAGGCUAAGAAGAAAGCGUUGCCCCGUAAAGCCGCAGGGCAAAGUUGGGAGGACCCAACUCUCGCUGAUUGGCCAGAAAAUGAUUAUCGUCUGUUUUGUGGUGAUCUUGGAAACGAGGUGAAUGAUGAUGUUUUAUCAAAAGCAUUUUCAAGAUUCCCUUCUUUUAACAUGGCAAGGGUUGUGCGUGACAAGCGUACUGGUAAAACUAAAGGCUUUGGAUUUAUUUUUGGAUCUCUUAUGCGUGUUUCGGGUAGGACCUGUAAAUACCACAUUAAAAUGUGAAAAGACUCAUGCUGUCUCUGAAAGGUAAAUAUGUCGGGAAUAGACCAAUUAAACUUAGGAAGAGCAAGUGGCAGGACAGGAUUGAUGUUGAAGCUGUAGAAAGACAAAAGAACCACGCUUACAAGAAGGGGAAAAUGUCAAAGAGGAGUGUAUUGCAUAAGUGAGCACUAUUAUGAAGUUGAGCUUUGACUGUAUGGAACAUUUGGGCGUUUGUCUUGCUCGCAUAUGCAUCCCAUGGGUGAAUUGCUCCCACUUGAUGCAGUGAGUGUGUACACGUUCUGAUAUUUGCUACUUUUCUGUAUUUGUUUUUAUCCUUAAGACCAUUUUGAGAAGUUCCAGAUGAAAAACUCCCAGUAUGAAUGUAUGCGCUUUCAGAGUUUCAGCCUCAUGGUGAAAAUUAAAAAACUUAAUUUCAUUUAUUGGGAUGAGAUGUAUUUGCCUAUUUGGCUAUUUGAGUCACAUAAAACUAUUAACAGAAUCAAGUCCAUGUACUGAUGUACAUAUGCAUCUUUGCAAUUUCCACAUAGCUACUCUAGUUUAUUAUACAUUUAUACGUAGUACUUGUUAACUAAUGCAUCACCCCUGUGCUUCUUGUUUA